AUGUCCCGCCGCAAGAUCUCGUCAGAGUCCUUCAGCUCGCUGGGCUCGGACUGCCCGGAGACGAGCCCCGAGGAGGAGGGCGAGUGUCCCCUGUCCCGCCUCUGCUGGAACGGCAGCCGCAGCCCCCCCGGCCCCGCCGACACCCCCUCCGCCGCCGCGACCAGCGCCGGGGCGCGCCGCGCUCCGCGCCGCCGGCGGGUCAACCUGGACUCUCUGGGCGAGAGCAUCCGCCGGCUGACGGCCCCCGCGCCUCAGACCAUUCGGCAGACUCUUCAAAAGACACUGCAGUAUUUUGAGCAUCAAGUUAUUGGUUACAGAGAUGCAGAGAAGAAUUUUCACAAUAUAUCAAACAGAUGCUCCUAUACAGACUGGUCUAGUAAUGAAGAAACUGAAGAUGUCUCAGGAAUUCUCCAGUGUACGGCUAAUGUACUUGGUCUGAAGUUUGAGGAAAUGCAAGAAAAAUUUGGGGAGGAAUUCUUCAAUAUCUGCUUUGACGAGAAUGAAAGAGUUCUUCGAGCUGUAGGUGGGACCCUUCAAGACUUCUUCAAUGGCUUUGAUGCUUUGCUGGAGCAUAUUAGAACUUCAUUUGGAAGACAGGCCACCCUGGAAUCUCCUUCUUUCCUAUGCAAAGAACUCCCUGAAGGCAAUCUCAUGCUUCAUUAUUUUCACCCACAUCAGAUUGUGGGAUUUGCAAUGACAGGAAUGAUAAAAGCAGCAGCAAAGAAGAUUUACCGCUUGGAAGUGGAAGUAGAACAGGUCACAAAUGAUAAGUUGUGUUCAGAGGGGACAAACCCAGGUAACUGCAGUUGUUUAACUUUCCUUAUCAAAGAACAUGAAAAUGCAAAUACCACAAAGGCACUUCCACCAGGAACUUCCCAGUCCCCCUUAGACCUGAGGAUUAGUAUCAGCACCUUCUGCAGAGCCUUCCCUUUUCACCUGAUGUUUGAUCCAAACAUGCUGGUUCUCCAGCUUGGAGAAGGUCUUAGGAAGCAGCUCAGAUGUGACACUCAUAAAACCCUGAAAUUUCAAGACUGCUUUGACAUAGUCUCUCCUAAAAUCAGUGCCACAUUUGAACGAGUUCUCCUGAGGUUAUCUACACCCUUUGUCAUUCGGACCAAACUUGAGGAUGCUGACUCUGAAAGUAAAGAUAAGGUGAUGGAGAUUAAAGGACAAAUGAUUCAUGUUCCAGAAUCAAACUCGAUAUUGUUCUUGGGUUCCCCCUGUGUGGACAAGCUGGAUGAGCUGAUGGGCCGAGGCCUCCAUCUUUCAGACAUACCUAUCCAUGAUGCUACUCGUGAUGUCAUAUUGGUUGGGGAGCAAGCAAAGGCGCAGGAUGGUUUGAAAAAACGAAUGGAUAAGCUGAAGGCAACGCUAGAAUGUACACACCAAGCCCUGGAAGAGGAGAAAAAGAAGACAGUAGAUCUCCUUAUUUCUAUUUUCCCGGAAGAGGUGGCUCAGCAGCUGUGGCAGGGGCAGCAGGUCCAGGCCAGGAAGUUUGAUGAUGUCACCAUGCUCUUCUCGGACAUUGUUGGCUUCACUGCCAUCUGUGCUCAGUGCACGCCCAUGCAGGUCAUCAGCAUGCUCAACGAGCUCUACACGCGCUUCGACCACCAGUGUGGAUUCCUUGACAUCUACAAGGUGGAAACAAUCGGUGAUGCCUACUGUGUCGCAGCAGGGCUCCAUAAGAAAAGCCUUAGUCAUGCCAAAGCCAUUGCCCUGAUGGCACUGAAGAUGAUGGAGCUUUCAGAAGAGGUUCUUACUCCAGAUGGAAGCCCUAUUAAGAUGAGGAUAGGCAUUCACUCAGGUUCAGUGCUGGCUGGCGUCGUUGGUGUGAGAAUGCCGCGCUAUUGUCUCUUCGGGAACAACGUCACCCUGGCAAGCAAGUUUGAGUCAGGAAGUCACCCACGCCGCAUCAAUGUCAGUCCCACCACAUACCAGCUUUUGAAAAAGGAAGAAAAUUUUAUUUUUAUCCCUCGUUCCCGUGAAGAGCUUCCAGAAAACUUUCCAAAGGAAAUUCCUGGGAUCUGUUACUUCCUGGAGGUCAGAAGUGGUCAGAAGCCGCCAAAACCUUCCAUCACAUCUGCCAGAGUGAGAAAGGUGUCUUACAACAUUGGCACCAUGUUCCUCCGGGAGACUAGCCUAUGA